AUGAACAACGACUUUGACGCAGUGUGUGGUGCCGCUCUGCUCAGCAGGCCGGCUGCGCGGGAAAGUCGAGAAAUGUCAAAAAAUAAUAUAGUCCCGCGUACGACUGCAUGCCUGGCCUUGUUACAAGUAUUCCUGUAUGAGGAGGUGACAGUAUCAGGGCUUACAACAAUUACAUCGGUUAUGCAAGUGGUGCACAGUGCACCCAAGGAAGGUAUUAGGGACGUGGUCGUUGACACCAGUCGAGCGAAUGAAAAUGGAGAGCGCAGGGCGCUAUUACUCUGCGAGGAUUAUCCGGUGGGCAGCGUGAACGAGCGCGACGCGUACGGCUACGGGUACGGCGGCGGGGGCGGCGGCGCGCACCACUUCGCCGCUCCGGCGCCGCCGCCCCUCCCGCACGACGAGCUCCCCUACUCGGUGUUCGACUUCGGCGACUACCAGCGGCAUCACCACCACAACAAGCUCAAGCCCAAGAAGAGGCCGCGCACCGACGCACCUCCCACGCCCGGCGUGAAGCGCAAGAGCCGCGAGGGCUCCACCACGUACCUUUGGGAGUUCCUCCUCAAGCUGCUGCAGGACAGGGAGUACUGCCCGCGCUUCAUCAAGUGGACAAACCGCGAGAAAGGCGUGUUUAAGCUGGUGGACUCGAAGGCGGUGUCGAGGCUGUGGGGGCUUCACAAGAACAAGCCCGACAUGAACUACGAGACGAUGGGGCGCGCGCUGCGCUACUACUACCAGCGCGGCAUCCUGGCCAAGGUGGACGGCCAGCGGCUCGUGUACCAGUUCGUGGACGUGCCCAAGGACAUCGUCGAGAUCGACUGCUCGCUGGCGUAG